AUGGCGGAGUCCUCGUCCUCCUCCCCCUCGGGGUCGGGCUUCAAGUACCGCCCGGCCCCGUUGGCGCCGCUGCCGCCGCAGCUGGACCCGGCCUACUACGACGCCUCUCCGGAGAAGCGGCGGGCGGAGGCGGAGCGCCUGGCCAUCCGCGCCCGCCUCAAGCGCCGCUACCUGCUGCAGCUCAACGACCCCGCCCGGCCCGCCUUCAUCGAAGACCCGGCUGUGAUGCAGUGGACGUACGCCAAGGCAAACGUCUACCCUCAUUUCCGCAUCAACGCGAAAAUGUCCUUCUUGGGCAUCCUGUGGGGAAUAGGGCCCAUCGCUUUCUGGUGGUACGUCUUCAAAAAGGAAAGGGAUUAUAAAGAGAAACUCAUCCAAGAAGGCAAGUAUGAGCGGCCCUUCCAUAUUGCCUACUGA